AUUACAAUUUAUUUUGGCUCACUUAUAUUCAAAUUCUCUUCCUCGCCAUAACCAAAUUCUUAAAUCUCAACCUCAUUCUCAACAAUUUUAUGCCAUGAAGACCUCGAAACCGGACGGCCGGCGUUUCAUCGUCAUCUGUUUCUUCUUCAUCCUCUUCCUUUGCAUCUUAGCAUCCAUCAACGAAGUCCGAUUCGAAGCUCUCUUAAAGUUCGGUGGAUGUGCUCUCUCUAACUCAUCAUCUUCAAACAAUGUCCUUGUUUCAAAUUCAACCUCUCCCGACGAAAUCCGAAUUCUCCUCGGCAUUCUAACACUCCCGGACCAAUACAGCCGCCGCCACUUCCUCCGCCUCAUCUACGGCACACAGUCUCCGGUGGGCGCCAAAGUGGACGUCAGGUUCGUCUUCUGCAACCUCACAAAGGAGGACCAGAAAGUGUUGGUAGCACUCGAGAUAAUGCGUUACAAUGAUAUCAUAAUUCUCAACUGCAAAGAGAACAUGAACAAGGGUAAGACCUACACUUACUUUUCGAGCUUACCGGAGAUAUUCAACGACACUGAUGAUGGAAGUGGACCAUACCCGCCCUACCAUUAUGUGAUGAAAGGUGAUGAUGAUGCUUAUUUUAGGUUGGACAAGUUGGUCGAGUCCUUGAGGCCUUUGCCUAGAGAGGACUUGUACUUCGGUUAUGUUAUUCCAUGCCCUAGUAUGGACCCUUUUGUUCAUUACAUGUCUGGCAUGGGGUACUUGAUUUCGUGGGACAUUGUGGAAUGGAUUAGGGUUUCGGAGAUUCCGAAAGAGCAUUUGGAAGGGCCUGAGGAUAAGGUUUUCGGGGAUUGGAUUCGGAACGGGCACCGAGCUAAGAACAGGUUUAAUGCUAAGUGGUCUAUGUAUAAUUAUCCGGAGCCGCCGACGAGGUGUACGCAUGAGCUUUGGCCGGACACCAUUGCAGUGCAUCUGUUGAAGACUCAGGAGAAGUGGAUUCAUACACUCCAGUAUUUCAAUGUUACUCGGGAUUUGAAACCGUCUAAAUUGUAUCAUAUACCUUAGGUAAUAUUUUAUGGUAUGAUUAUUCUUUUGGAUGGAGUAUUCAAAUAAAUUUUACAAUUAUACAGGAUAAUUUCAUUGCA